CGAGAUUUGUAGCACGAGGGCAAAUUUCGUGUAGCCACGCGUCCCCCGCAAGCAGAGGGAGUCACCCAGGUGUCGCCAUAUGCGCAUGCGUAGACGUUGUGACUCCUCGAUUGAUGAGCAGGCCAUGGUACAACGCGAGAGGCGCCCUGACGAUCUCGGCCUUGUUGUGAUACUGAGGCUCCCAUUGAGUUGUGUUAAAGCCCUUUUCACACUUCUCGUUCUCAUGACUGUGGGGAUUGUUUUUGUACUCAACCCGACAAAUUGGAUCCCAGUAGUGCACAUGACUCCAUCGCAGUCCUACUCAUUGUCAAUGUCUAUAGAAAUCCCUAAAGAAAAGCAGUUUUUAUUUAGUGAGAAUACUGGCAAAAAUGGCCAUGAACAUGAUGGGUUGUAUGCUACUGUGAGUGACUCAGAGGAUGAGGAGCAAUCAUCUAUUGAUGUUACUGGCGAAAGAGGGCAAAUUCAUUCGAUUAAACCAAGAAACAUGAGUGGCAGUGGAUACUGGCUGGCCCUGCACUACUCUGACCAGGGUACUGGGGCGUUUGUGAACCUCAUGACCUUGUUGUGUCUCUCUUCAGCAGUCGGUGGAGUCAGAGUUGUUGAGCCGUUUAUAGUUGGAUCAAAUAUAGGUCAGAAUGUCAGUGCCAACUGGCGACAAGAAAUUUCAUUCAGCGACAUCUUUGACUCUGGCAAUUUCCAUCAUUUUGCCAAAUCCAGGGGCUACAGUUCAUUGGUGCCUUAUCAAACCUUCCUUCAGGAUGCUCAUCGCAAAGUGUUAGUUGCUCAGUACGAGUGCAGGGACUUGAAACGUUGUAAGAAGUGUGGCCAUGAGCAUGUACUUAAACAAGGACGAACAUUCUCGAAAGUGAAUGGUUUCGAAAUUGUCGGUCAUGUCUGCCUCAAGUAUGGAGCGAGUGGUACCAUGAGCCUGACUGAGCUCAAUAGUCAGCUCUAUAGCCGCUACAACAAGUCUGAAGUGGCGGUCUUAUUUCCCCUGUUUGCUGGUGUGUCGUCUUUUGGAGCAGAAAGGUUCCGGUUGUGGAUGGACACACCACUAUGCCAGAGAAACAAAAUGUGGAACAGUACUUUGAACAUCAGACCUAGCAAACUUGUCAUGACAAGUGCCGACAACUACAUUCACAAGCAUUUGAUGGGAAGCUCCUAUAUAUCCGUGAUGGUGAAGCUUGAGACUGUCAUCUGGUCGAAGACGAUAAUGGGCCCAAUAGUCAAAACUUGUCUUGACCGCUUACACAAAAAAUUGAGUAAAGUGAAAUCACAGUUUGGUAUAAGAAAUGUAGCACUCUGCCUCGAUGUAGGACACUAUGGCUCGGUGUUUUUUCGUCACAAUAAGAAUGUCAUGAAUGCCAUCUUGCCUUACGUAAACAAUUUUAUAUCUCGGACUGUCAAGGAAGGUAUGACCUUGUCAGACUGGGAUAGCACAUUCACCAGUACAGCACUGAGACAUAACCCUGCAUUUGUGGCACUCAUGCAGAAGACCAUAGCCACAAGGGGAGAUGGGCUCGUUUUGUUGGGAGAAGGGUCUCAAUUUCAAGAGUCCACAAAGUCAAUGUUUCUGGUCUCACAUCCGGAAGAAAAAGUUAUCCACUUACGCAAGUCGUGUUUUUGACUCCUCAUUGUGUGGCGAUUUCUUCUGCAGCAGUUUUGGCUCUCCCCUACAGCUAGCUACAACCACAACCUGUACCCCCUUAUAUAGUUGUGCAUGAAUCAAUUUUUACUUGCACCUAAGAGG